AUGUGGCCUAAAUUGACAGCUAAAAAACCAACGAAUACUGACUUCAUACCGGUAGAGAGGUCUGAGAGAGGAGAUGAUCUUGGUGAGGAAAGGCAUCAAUUUCUACACCGGCUGGCGAAUAUUGUAGCUGUUCUCACGCAUUGUCUUCUCGUGGCUAGCAUCAUUUUACUGCUUGUGAAACUAUCUUCUACGUCCGACAACACGGAUUACGAAGCGGAAAACUCCUACCUCCCAGAGAUAUUUGAAUUCUCUGAAACAAGAUAUGCUGCUAUGUUUGAAGAAUUCAUUCAGAGUUACAACAAGGUUUACGCCGACGAGAACGAGAAGAACUUCCGUUUCACAGUGUUCGUGAAAAAUGUGGUGUAUUUUGAAGAGGAAGAGAGAAAUCAUCCUGGUUUGGACCUUGACGUUACAAGAUUUGCAGACUGGACUGAGGAGGAAAUGAGAAAGUUCCUCUCAAGUGAUCUGAGAGAAGUAAAUAACGAAGAACAUGGAUCCGAAGGAACAGAACCAUAUGAAGAAGUGCAAAGACCAGUGUCAGUUGAUUGGGUCAGUGCAGGGAAGGUCAUCGAUGUGAAAGAUCAAGGACAAUGUGGUUCGUGCUGGGCAUUUGCUACAGUUGCAUCUGUGGAAGCCGCCUAUGCUAUCAAAACUGGUCAGUUGACAAGACUUAGUGAACAGGAGUUGGUGGAUUGUGAUUCUAGAAACAAUGGAUGCAAUGGUGGAUACAGACCCUAUGCUAUGAGAUUUGUUCAAGAGCAUGGUUUGAUGAAGGAAACCGAAUAUCCGUACUGUGGCACCGAUCAGAACGCUUGCCGAUUGAAGAACACUACAGAGCGCGUUUACAUCCAUAGUUACCGUACUCUUUCAAGCAAUGAAGACGCUGUAGCCGACUGGAUUGCUGCCAACGGUCCAGUUACUUUUGGAAUGAACGUGACGAAAUCCUUAUAUAGCUAUCGCAGCGGCAUUUUCUCACCAUCGAAGGAAGACUGUGAGCAGCAUUCGCUAGGAUCACAUGCUUUGACAUUCGUUGGCUACGGUACAGAAGGCGGCCAACCGUACUGGCUUGUGAAAAACUCGUGGGGUUCACGAUGGGGACAGAAUGGAUAUUUCAAGAUGGCACGAGGAGGAAACAUAUGUGGUGCAGCAAAUAACGUUGUAGGUCCCAUGUUGUAG